AUGAGCUCGCAGUCUCAAGUCGCGCCUUAUGGCACCUGGAGCAGCCCUAUAUCAGUUGAUCUGGUCUCAGGAAGUACUGUGUCAUUCUCCGAGCUCCACGCUAACCCUCAAACGGGUGCAAUCUAUCUUGUGGAAGGCAGACCGACUGAGAAAGGAAGAUGCGUCAUCAUAGAACAACGGGGUACAGAAUCGAUUGAUCUCUUACCAUCAGAGUACACUGCUCGCAGCAAGGUGCACGAAUACGGUGGCGGUUCCUGCGCUGUCAGCCCAGAUGGAAGUUUGAUUUUUACAGAUGCCAACACUAGUGGUGUUUUCCGUCUCAAAACAGCAAACGAUGUCCAGCCGAUCAUCAGCGCUUCGGAACAGUCUCGAUACGCUGAUUUCGACAUUCAUCCUCUCCGGACAAACCUAAUUCUUGCUGUUCAGGAAAUUCAUUCCGGAAAUAUUGUAGUAAAUACGGUUGUACUAAUUGAUUCGGAUGACAAGAGUGUUACGAAUGUUUGUCAAGGAGCGGAUUUCUAUUCGGCACCAAGGUUCAACCAUGACGGGACAAGAAUUUGCUGGAUCCAGUGGAGUCAUCCUGAUAUGCCAUGGACUGGAAGCGAACUUCACAUUGCAGAUUGGAAUUCUUCAGGACCAACGAAUGCAAAGCGCAUUGCCGGUAAAGCUGCUGUGGAAGGUGUCGGGCAACCAAAAUGGCACGAAGAUGGAACAUUAUUUUUCACCAGCGACCUUACUGGAUUUGCCCAAUUGUAUCGUUUAAAAUUUCCAUCUUUGGAAAUACUUCCAGUUAUCUUACCGGGAUGGGAAGAAGCAGAUAUUGCUUGCAAACGGGUAUUCUCAGCGCUUGGAAACAACUCCUACAUUUUCCUGACGGCAACUCAGCUAGUAAUUACUUCCACCAAGCUCGCUACGGAUUCGCUGCUGCUUAUAGAUCUUCAAACUUCGAAAGUGCUGGAGCUUUCGCUCGGUCUCGUCGAUAUUCCCUUGAACUCAAUUCGCAAGAUAUCAAACACCAAGUUCGUCGUUAUUGGGAGUACAAUGACGUCUCCUUCGGCGCUCUACCUCGUUGAUAUAUCGAAACCCUCCGAAAAAUUGCGUCUAAAAUCUUCCACCGCUCUUUCAUUCUCACCCUCGAUAUACUCCAUUGCCAAACCCAUUACGUUCCCUCGAACACAGGGGAAAGACACAGGCGUUUCCAUUCACGGUGGGCCAACGAGUCACGAUGCGCCAGGUUUGAACCUCGAAACCCAAUACUGGACGUCCCGAGGCUACGCCUAUGUCCAUGUCAAUUACGUUGGCAGCACUGGAUAUGGACGCAAAUACCGGGAGGCCCUCAAUUAUUCCUGGGGUGUCAAAGACGUAGAUGAUUGCGCAUCCUGCGUUGCUUAUCUUGCGGAACAGGGUCUUGUUGAUAGUACCAAGGCCGGUAUCGUGGGGGCAAGUGCAGGCGGAUAUACCGUACUUCAAUCACUAAUUAGUUUCCCGAAAUUGUGGGCCGGGGGUAAUAGCAAGUUUGGGGUCGGAAACUUGGAUUCAAUGGCGAUGAUGACCCACAAGUUUGAAUCGCACUAUCUCUUUGCUCUACUUUUCCCAGGAGAUACGUCUGAGAAAGAGAAGCAAAAGAUCUACUGGGAGAGAAGUCCUGUCUUCCAUGCAGAGAAAAUUGAAAGUUCGUUGUUGAUAUUGCAGGGAGAUGAAGAUAGGGUGGUGCCUCUUGAUCAAGCUGAGGAGAUGACGCGAGUAUUGAAAAGCAGUGGAAAGGAUGUAAAGCUUGUUGUGUUUCAAGGAGAAGGACAUGGGUUCCGGAUGCAGGAGAAUGUGAAGACUGCCAUUUUGGAGGAGGAGAAACUAUGGCGGAGGACUUUGCUGACGCUGGAGUGA